UAAAAAAAAAAAAAAAAAAGAAAAGAGUAUACGUAAUCAAAUGAGUACGACACCUACUUCGGAAAGACCUAGACGUCUUUCUAUGCCCAAAUUGACACGUCGUUUAACCAAUGUCACUAUUCAUGUUGAUGAUGAUAAAGAUAAAUUGGAAACAGUAACUACCUCAAGCAUCCCAUCUAGUAAAUCAUAUCAUGUUCAACUAGACCCCGAAUACAUGAAUGAAUGGAAAAAACUGAUGAUACCCAAGAAAAAUGAUGUUCAAUCCAUCAAGUUGGAUAUUGUAGAACAUACAAUAGAUACCCUUUGUCGUAGUCCUUUUAAUUUAGAUAAACUCGCUGUGUAUCAAGCCACUGCCUUUUCUGUUCGUGAUCGUCUUCUUAAAGAUUGGAAUGAAACUCAAGAAUCUGUAUUUAAACAAAAUCCUAAGCGUUGUUAUUAUCUAUCCAUGGAAUUCUUAAUUGGUCGUGCCUUGGAUAAUGCCUUACAUUGCCUUGAGAUCAAAGAUGCUUAUAAGGAAAGCGUAAAGGAUUUGGGAUUUAAUUUAGAGGAUCUGUUAGAGGAAGAACGAGACGCAGCAUUAGGUAAUGGUGGUUUAGGUCGUCUUGCUGCCUGUUAUAUGGAUUCAGCUGCUACUUUAAAUUUUCCUACAUGGGGUUAUGGUUUACGUUAUCAAUAUGGUAUCUUUAAACAAAUUAUUAAUAAGGAAGGUUAUCAAACUGAGAUGCCGGAUUAUUGGUUAAAUGCAGAGGGGAACCCCUGGGAAUUUCCUCGUAGCGAUAUUCGUUAUGAGGUUCAAUUUUAUGGUUAUGUAGCAACCAAAGUAAAUGAAAAGGGUGAGUCACGUUUGUCAUGGGAAGGAGGGAACAAGGUACAGGCAAUGGCAUAUGAUGUUCCUAUCCCAGGAUUUGAUACAAAGAGUUGUGGUAAUAUUCGACUUUGGUCGGCCAAGCCUUUAAAGACCUUUGAUUUUGCUUCCUUUAAUGAUGGUGACUAUGAUCGUUCUGUAGCUGAUCAGAAGGAUGCAGAAAACUUGACCUCUGUACUUUAUCCUAAUGAUAACCAUAUUGUUGGUAAGGAACUUCGUUUGAAGCAAGAAUAUCUAUUCGUGAGUGCCUCCCUCCAGGAUAUUAUUCAUCAUUUUAAGCGUUCUAACUGUGCUUGGAAAGAUUUUCCUGAAAAAGUGGCUAUUCAAUUGAAUGAUACCCAUCCUACCUUGGCUAUCCCUGAGCUCCAAAGACUCUUGGUUGACGUUGAGGGACUUGAUUGGGAUGCAGCUUGGGAUAUUGUGACUCGUGUAUUCGCAUUCACAAAUCAUACUGUUUUACCUGAGGCACUCGAAUGUUGGGAUGUACCCAUGAUGGAGAACUUACUUCCUCGACAUAUGCAAAUUAUCUAUGAUAUCAAUCUCUUCUUCCUACAGAAAGUUGAAAAAGUGAACAAUGAUCGUGAAUUAUUAAAACGUGUAUCUAUUAUCGAGGAAAGUUCACCUCAAAAGAUACGUAUGGCUUAUUUGGCUGUUGUAGGGUCACAUACUGUAAAUGGUGUCGCUGCCCUUCAUUCUGAUUUAGUCAAGAAGGAGCUCUUUAAUGAUUUUCUUCAUUACUAUGGUCCUGAUAAAUUUAUUAAUAUCACAAAUGGUAUCACUCCUCGUCGUUGGCUCUAUCAAGCUAAUCCUGAUUUACGUGACUUGAUAACUGACACCUUGGGUUCUAAACAUUGGGUAACUCAUCUCGACGAAUUAAAGGGACUUAAGAAAUUCGCAGACGAUACAGAGUUUCAAGAGGAAUGGAUGAAUGUCAAACUGAAGAACAAGGUUCGCUUGGCUAAAUGGAUUAGAGAUAACCUUAGUAUCACCGUGGAUCCUCAUGCUUUGUUUGAUAUCCAAGUGAAGCGUAUUCAUGAAUAUAAACGUCAAUUUAUGAAUAUUCUAGGUGUUAUCUACCGGUACAAGAACAUCAAACUACUCUCGCCUGAGGAACGUAGAGAGAUGACUCCUCGCGUUGUCAUAUUUGGUGGUAAAUCUGCACCUGGUUACUACAUUGCCAAGUUGGUUAUCAAAUUGAUUACUACCGUCUCUGAGAUUGUGAACAACGAUGAAUCUAUUGAUGGUCUCUUAAAGGUUGUUUAUAUUCCUGAUUAUAAAGUGUCUCUUGCGGAAAUCAUUGUUCCUGCCUCUGAUCUAUCUCAACAUAUUUCCACAGCUGGUACAGAGGCCUCAGGUACAUCUAAUAUGAAAUUUGUCUUGAAUGGUGGCGUUAUUUUAGGUACAGUAGACGGAGCCAAUAUUGAAAUUCGUGAUGAAAUUGGAGAAGAAAAUAUAUUUAUGUUUGGCACCUUGGCUGAUCAGGUGGCUGACAUUCGUCAUCAACAGAAAUAUCGUGGAGUUGAGAUUGAUCCUAAUCUUCAAGUUGUACUUCAAGCUAUCCAAAACGGUGAAUUUGGCGAUCCCUCUGUCUUUGGCCCUCUCAUCAAUACCCUAACCUAUGGUGGUGACUACUAUUUAAUCUCUGUUGACUUUGAGAGAUACCUUGAUGCUCAAGAUCAAGUAGAUAUUGCUUACAAGGAUCGUUCUCUUUGGGCUAAAAAGUCUAUUAUGUGUACUGCUGGUAUGGGCUUCUUUUCUGCUGACCGCUCUACGCGUGAAUAUGCUGAAAAGAUUUGGAAUCUGAAGCCAUACCAUAUCGAUGAUGAGUAAAGCAUCUCUGCAUCCACUUGAACCCUA